AUGGCCACGAUGAGCCCACAGAUCACUCGCCUGAUCCUCUUCUUUUGCCUUACACUUUCGGUCUUGGCCGGGAGCGGUGCGAGCCAUGAUGCACACCAUAAACUCCACCACGCGCGAGCGAGGAACACAACAUCCAGUGCCGAGGAUCUGGUGAAUACGGCUCUGGUCGAGCUGAGGGCUCGGAACAAAGCUCGCUUUGAGAAUCCCAAGUUCAACAAGGAUGAGUUUGCUCCCCGACCUCGGGAACCCCGGCCUGCCCCUCCGCUGGACUAUGGUGCAACUAACUCGACCCUGCCGAGAAGGCAGUCGUCGAAGCUGGGUUCAAACUCAACAACAUCUUCGUCAGGCUAUUCCAUACCACUGGAACUGGUCGAGGCGAUGAGACUCGUUGCUGAGUCGACCCCCCCAAAGCGUGAGUCCGGUUACUGGAUGGUGGAUAUGCCUCAUCGUGGCGCCAGUCCGUUUGCCCCUGCGGGAUACAAGGUUUGGAGAAAUGUCAAGGACUACGGCGCGGUGGGGAAUGGUGUCCAUGAUGAUACGGCCGCCAUCAAUGCGGCCAUCUCCGAGGGUGGGCGAUUCGGGCCGAACUGCGGAUCCAGUACAGUGUAUCCUGCAGUAGUCUAUUUCCCCCCGGGGACGUAUCUUGUGAGCACGCCGAUCGUCCAGUAUUACAACACUCAGCUUCUUGGAGAUCCACUUGAUCUUCCCACAAUCCUAGGGGCGACGAGUUUUACAGGCGGAAGUCUCAUUGCCAGCGAUGUCUACGUCAGCGACACCGAGGAAUGGAAAAUCGACGUGAGAAAUACCGAUCCAUAUGCCUACAUUUGCGGCAUUCACUGGCAGGUAGCACAAGGAACCUCUCUUGAAAAUAUCGAGUUUUACAUGAAGUACAACUCAGAUGUUUCUGGAAAUACUCAGCAGGUAUGGAUCUACAUGGAGAAUGGCUCUGGCGGCAUGCUUGCAGAUCUGACCUUUGUCGGAGGAAACUUUGGAGCGUAUAUGGGCAAUCAGCAGUUCACAACAAGCCAUCUUGUUUUCGUCAAUUGCGAAACAGCGGUCCAAAUCCACUGGGAUUGGGCAUGGACCAUGCAGGACUACAUUAUUGAGAGCUGCGGCACAGGACUGAUGAUAGUUGGUGGCGCGGGCGGCGCGGGUAGCACCGGGCAGGGAGUGGGAUCCCUGCUUUUAGUUGACGCCAUCAUUGCCAAUACCCCAAACGGAAUUGUCACCUCCCUGGCGGCAGAAAACUCAACAUCGUUCUUGCUUCAGAACGUCGGCUUUUUCAACGUCCAGACGGCAGUAAAAGACAGCUUCAAGGGCACGACAUUGAUCCCGGGUGGGACGCAGGUUCUCAUUGACAGCUGGGGGUUUGGCCAGAUCAGCGAUGCAACGGGUGCUGGCGUGUUUGUCAAUGGCGCCAAUAUCCCAGCCAUGACGCGCCAACAGUCACUCCUUGGGUCUGCUUACACGAACAUGAACCCGAACCUGUUCACCAGACGCCGGCCGAAAUCUCACAAUGUUCUGGCUAGCAAGGUCAUGGAUGUGAAGGCUCUUGGCGCGAAAGGGGAUGGUGUUACCGACGACACGGCUGCUCUGAACGCCAUUCUGGACGGAGCGGCAAACACCUCGUCUAUCGUCUACUUUCCCUUUGGCGUGUAUAUCAUCUCCGAUACGCUGCGAGUCCCGGUGGGGUCCCGUAUCAUCGGCCAAGCGUGGUCCCAGAUCAUGGCCAGUGGGAGGGAAGUGGGAAAGCGUGGCGACAUUGGAAUAAUCGAGAUUCAAGACAUGAUGUUUACAGUGUCGGCCACUGCUGGCAGCACUGCUGGGGCGGUUCUCGUCGAAUGGAACGUUCGCCAGUCCUCAACUGGCUCGGCGGGGAUGUGGGAUUCCCAUAUACGCGUUGGAGGUGCCGUUGGUUCGGGUCUGCAGAAGGAACAAUGCCCCAAGAAAACAGGGAGUGUCAACCAAAACUGCAAAGCUGCCUCGCUGCUCAUGCAUCUUACACCAUCCUCCACCGCAUACUUGGAAAAUAUCUGGAUUUGGACUGCUGAUCACGAUAUGGAUAAAGUGACACAAGACCAAAUCGACGUCUACGCUGGCCGUGGCCUUCUCAUUGAGAGCGACUUGGCAUGGCUGUGGGGUACCUCGGUUGAGCACUGCGUCCUGUACUACAUGAUCAAAACAGAAUCACCUUACUUCCAGCCAGUCCCGACCGCCCCUCACCCCUUCACCACUGGCCUCUUCCCGAACGACCCACUAUUCAACAACUGCGUUGGCGUGGGCUGUGCCUUCUCGUGGGCCGUCCGUAUCAUUGACUCGUCGACUAUCUAUACCCAGGACUGUCUAGCCACAGACAGCUGCCAGCAACGUGGCUUUGAGGUCGUGCAGAGCCACGACUUGUGGAUAUACAACCUGUGCACCAAGGCCAUCAUGGAAAUGGUCUCACCUUUAGGCGCAACUCCGACCUGGGCCUGUGACAAUGUGAAUGGCUUCUUGUCUUCGAUUCUCGCCUGGCUUCAGGGGGCAAACCAGAGCAGCGGGAAACGCAAAUUCCCGGGCUUCCAGGUGUACACGUUGGACGACUUGGUUGAGAUGAUGAAGCAGAGAUAUCCCGAUACCUGCCGGACGGCUCUGACUGAGGUUCUUGAGUGCGACGACUACGUCCGUACCUUGCUCCGCCUCGGCUACCACGGGUCUCUGCCGAACACCACUUAUACCGACACCGUUUGUGACAGCGGAUGUGGCGAAAGUCUAGAACGCUGGUUCGACAACGUCCAGGAAUCCUGCGAUGGCUUCACCCUCGACGACGGCAUUGCUCCCACGUUGCUAGGCGGUCGCAUGCGGACUGGUUUCGACGAGACCUGUCUAAAGGACCCACAAACGGAGCGAUAUUGCAAUGGUAAACCGGGCAUUGGCAACGAAUGUACGUCAUUGCAGACUUCACAGAGGUUGAAAAAAAUCUCGGACAUGCCCACUGCCGAGAUCUGCUCGUUUUACUACACCGAGAGAAACGCCAUGAUGCAACGGACUGCAUACUCCCAGUAUGGCAGCUUCUUUAAGCCUCGGCUGGAGUACAUCAACACACGGUGCGGGAAGACCGCCAACACAACCAUCCCGGCGUCGCUCGUACCCCUCCCCGACACCUCGUCGUUCUGCGUCUCGGGCCAGACAUAUACCACCGCUGCAGGAGAGACCUGUGAUUCGAUUGCCCUGGCCCUGUCACUCUCCUCUGCCGCAUUGCAGAUGGCCAACAAUCUCCUUGUUGCGAGCUGCAAUUUUAUCCCGGCGGAGACAACACUAUGCUUACCCCUGGGCUGCGCCAAGACCUACACCAUACAACCGGACGACAUCUGCUUCACGAUUGAACAGAAUCGCCUGAGCGGUGGGACAAGGUUCGGGGAUGUGCGCAAGUUCAAUCCCUGGGUGGACUGGGAGUGCAGUGACCUGGUAACGGCUAGCGACAGCACGUAUGGCCAUGUCAUCUGCCUGUCGCCGCAGAAUGGGCAGCACGAAAUCACAGGGGGUGACGGGUCGACAACCACACCGCCCGCCACCGCUGGGUACAGUAGAAAGAUCGCGGUUCUGCCCGAGGACGCGGUCCUCGCGCCGGGUAGCACGUGGAAGUGUGGUGUUUUUUACACGGCGAUCGGGGACGAUAUUUGCGCCGCCAUCGCCGUGGCGGACCCGACGACAAUCGACAUCCUGAUGAUGGUCAACCCUUCGCUCGGCACCGACCCCUUGACCUGCAACAGCAACAUCGUCCCCGGCCUGACGUACUGCGCGCUCCCAGCAUCCACCUGGAACGACAUCGAUAUUCCCGACCCCGCAACACCCUCAAGCGACCCGACCGACACCCCAACCAGCCCAACCAUCCCAGACCCCACCAGCACGCCCACGACCCCCGGAGCCCCAGUCCACCACGGGUGCUACACCGAGGCGCGCAACUCGCGCGCCCUCCCGGGCGCCACGACCUCGGACUUCGAACUCAUGACGGUCGAGUUCUGCGACGCCUUCUGCAGCGACUUCCCGCUCUUCGGCGUCGAGUACGGCGGCGAGUGCUACUGCGGCCUCGCCCUCGGCCCGGGCUCGAUGCCCACCUUCGCGUCGCAGUGCAGCCUGGCCUGCCCGGGCGACCCGGCGCAGACGUGCGGCGGCGGCGGCGGCAGGCUGGACGUCUACGGGCGGUCGGGCGAUGCGCCUGCCGUCACGGUGCCGGAUGACGUGCCGGCCGUGACGGGGUAUGCGUACUGGGGGUGUUGGACCGAGGGGGAGGGGGUUCGUGCCUUGGACGGCGGGUCUGUUUCGGAUGGUGGGGGGAUGUCGGUCGAGGCGUGUUCGAGCUAUUGCAUCAAUGGUGGGUUUGUCAUGUUUGGCUUGGAGUACUCGAGCGAGUGUUGGUGCGGCGACGCUCUUGACGAGUCCAGUGUCGUUGCGAUCGAGGAGGAUUGCAGUAUGGUCUGUAGCGAGGACCCGGCGCAGAAGUGUGGAGGUCCAAAUAGAUUGAGUGUAUAUCUUUGGUCGUGA